GCUCCGGGACCAUGUGGUCCGUCAUCGUAUCGCACGGAGCGCAGUGGUGGAGUUUCGUCAGCCUCAAGAAAGAGGAGGGGAGCAAGGACGUUUGAUCGGGAAUGGAGCGCCGGCCCGGUCCAGCUAGCCGCGCGCCGCCGGGCACCCCAAUUUUCCCUCGGCUGAACGUGACGAUUUUCAUUCAAUCAACGCGAAUGAAUGUCCCGAUCGAUUCCUGGAUUCUUAGGUCCCAAAAAGAACCGGCAAAAUCCCAAGCCAAGCACUGCACGGGGCGCGUCCAUUUCUUCUUCUCUCAAAAAAGAACGACGAAAGUUCAGCAUUGCUCGGAUCGAGAGGGUCGCGAUCGGGGGGGGGGGGGGGGGGGGGAAGAACGAAGGACUUUUGCGCCCCCGCCCCCCCCGCAAAGCGAUGCGAUGCGAUGCGGCUCGAGUGGGCAUGCUGCUCACUGGCUUUCUCGGCUUUCGCGACUUACGAUGCCCGAGUUACGAGAAAAGCGAGGGCAGCGGGGAGGGGGCGAUGGGGUGGGGCACGCCGUGGGUCAAAAGUCUUACCAGAGAGGAGGGGGAGGGAGGGGGCAUUUUACUUGCGAGUCGGAGUGGGAGUCGAUGGCUGAUGCAACAAAGAGUCUAUGCGGGACCGUGCUGGAGCUGGAGCUGGGCUGGGCUGGGAGCCACCUCCGCCCCGCUCUUCCCGCCCUUUCGUAUGAACAUUUUCCCGCCAGAAAUUAUACCCCGAUCGGCUUGUUCAUUUCCCCCCGUCAUCCUUUUCCGAUCACAGCCGAAACGCAUUCAUUCUCCCGCCUUGCAAUUUUUUCCUUUGCUUUGCUCGCAAGUGGCGCUGCCGAUGAUCGUUGGGCGCUACGGCUAAUAUGGCCGCGUACGACACAGGACUCCCGCAAGGUAGCGAAGAAGGUGUUGUGGCCAAAAUAACAAAGGAACAAUGGAAAGCAAAAUGAUCAUCAUUGUCGCAUCCCCCCCUUCCAAAUUUCCAAAAAAUUUCCAUCGCAUGGGUUCCCCCAUUCCCUUCGCGUCCAGUUUCUCCACUCCAGGCCUCGCUCGCUCGCCCGCUCCGUCCUGCUCCUCUGUCUGAACUCGAGAAUUCGACGGACACGUUUCGAUGAGAAUGACCCCCGCAGGCCCGACCAACGUCUUUUCCCCCGCUUUCCCUCUUUCCGCUCCCCCCCUGGGCCUUCUCGGCUGAUCAUGCCUCCGCGCCUACUUUUUGACUUGACCUAGACCGGCGGCGUGUUCAGCGGCCGCUGAAGUGAAGCAGCGAGAGGGUGUGUGCAGGAGAGGGAGAGAGAGAGAGGGCGGGGCGGGAGAAGAUGCGUGUGCGUGUGUGUCAGCGAGCACUUCGGAUGAACAAGGGGGGGGGGCGCGUCGACCUCCACCUUCCUCCC